UGCGCAUCCAAAUCUCUUUCCUGUCGCCCCUAAAAAAUAAAAAAAAGUGAGUAUAAAUGCACGUUUCUGUGUCAAAGCGAAUGCAUUCUGGAUCCUGUUUUUUGGCAGAUGACACAGACAGCAAAGAGGAAAGUCGGAGUUUUCCAAACGCCCACUGAGAUGGAGAGCAGCUCCUCGCUGGCGAUGUUCAUCCUGCUGAUGUGCUCCAUCAACAGCAGCUGUCCAUACUCAUAUUCAGUGUUCAUGAGGAAAGAUGCAGCGCAUGAGGUGCUGAGGGUCCACAAACGUGCCAACUAUUUUCUAGAAGAGAUCCGCCCAGGGAACUUGGAGAGAGAAUGCAAUGAGGAGAAGUGCUCAUUUGAGGAGGCAAAGGAGAUCUUCCAUUCGCAGGAGAAAACGAUGGAGUUUUGGUUCAACUACAAAGGUUUAAAUCCAUGCAUUACAAAUCCUUGUAAGAAUGGUGGAGUUUGCAAAAUAAGACGCUACAGUUACUUUUGCAUCUGCCCCCCGAAAUUUGGAGGAGACAACUGUGAAAAAGAGAAAUUGGAGUGCUGGUACAAGAACGGUGGCUGCUGGCAGUACUGCUGGGACAGCAGCUCCUUCCAGGUGCAGUGCUCCUGUGCCAAGGGCUACACCCUGCACGAGGACGGGAAGAAGUGCGUGCAAACAGCCCCGUUUCCAUGUGGCCUGAUCAGAGCCCAGCGUGCCUUGGAGGAAGCGCGGCACGAGGCGGCCACGUGGAACAGCAGCACAACUCCUGCAGUUAAACAGGCCAAGGGGAAGCAAAGUGCUGCCGGGGAAAAGGAAGCUCUAAAGGAUGCAUCUGGGCAAAGCACAGCCGUGGAGGACGAUGCUGGGCAGGAAGGCGGGGACCCCAGUCAACAGCACACAGAGGGACCGGCCUGGCAGAAUGAGACAACAGCGGCUGCCAUACAGGAGGAAAUGGUGGAGAAAACUUCUGGGCAGAACCAGAGCGGGCAGAGCAGCGGGCAGGACAAGGCAGGGGCAGUGCAGCACGUGCCUGGGGGUCUCCAUGCCAGUGACAAUGCAGAUGUCUCAGCCACACCUCAGUGCCCCCAGAGAAACGCCAGUGCUCCCGCAGAGCACAGAGACUCCAGGAUAACUGGAGGAACGUUGUGUCAUCGGGGACAGUGCCCCUGGCAGGUUUUGAUCCGUGACAGCAGAGAUAUUGGCUUCUGUGGAGGGAGUUUGAUCAACAGCCGCUGGGUGAUCACAGCUGCUCACUGCCUCGAUCUUGUCAGACCUCACCACGUGACCAUAGGUGACUUCGACAAGUACCAGAGAGAACUGAAGGAGCAGAAGAUAGGUGUGGAACAGAGCUGGACGCAUCCGCACUACGAUUCCAACAACUACGACGGGGACAUCGCCCUGCUGUACCUGAGCGGCGAGGUGGUUUUUAACGAUUACGCCAUGCCCAUCUGCCUGCCCAGCCCCAACCUGGCAGCCCUGCUGGCCGAGGAAGGACGAGUGGGGAUGGUGAGCGGCUGGGGCGCCACGCACAGCCGGGGCUCCACGCUGCGCUUCCUCAUGCGGGUGCGGCUGCCCGUUGUGAGCAUGGACACGUGCCAGCAGGCCACGCGCAGGCUGGUGACGGACAACAUGUUCUGUGCCGGGUACGGCACCGAAGCUGCGGAUGCCUGCAAGGGCGACAGCGGAGGCCCAUUUGCUGUCUCUUACCACAACGCUUGGUUCCUGCUGGGCGUCGUAAGCUGGGGUGACGGCUGUGCUGAAAGGGGAAAAUACGGCGUGUACACCAGAGUGUCCAACUACCUCCCCUGGAUUAAGGAGACUGUCGAAAGCGUGGCAGAUUCAGAAAAGUUUUCCAUUAAUUUUUCCUAAGAGCGGCCUUAAAAAUAGGGACAAUUCUUGUAUUACAGUUGUCCCUGAUGCUGAAAGCCAAGUUCGUCUUUAAAUGAAUGCUGAGUCUCAAUUUACCAUGAUUUGUUGAAUUGCUCAGUAAAUAUUACUAAGCAAAACACAUGUAAUAAAGAACUAUUCCUGCAAUAACAAA